AUGGUGAAGCGGGUGGCAGGCACGGCGCAGCUCCUCUGGCUACUCAGCCAUGGCUGCCCUCAGCUCUGGUCAUCCGUGGGGCRGCUGGAGGCUCUUGGAGGGGACACAGGCCCCAGCACCCUGCAGGCAGGGUUGACAGAGAGACACUUCAGGCCAGCACCUGAGGAAUUUGUCCCAGCCUGCUCUGUGCCAGCAGGCCAGCCUGCCAGCUGCUCUUUGUUUCCACCCUCUGGCCCUGCCGAGGUUAGCCCAGAGCAUGGCCGUGUUUGUCCUGCAGGUGUGCUGACCUUGCCGCCGGCCGCUGUUGCCGCCCCGGUGCCCGCCAUGCCGGGCAGCCCGCUGUCGGACAGCGAGUAUCAGCAGUUCUUCGCCAGGCUGCACCCGCCCUGGCAGGCCAACAUGUUCUGCCUGCUGCGCCAGGCCUACGGCUGCCUCAGCCCCACCAUCGUGCACCUGGACCAGGACGAGAACCACGGCGAAAUCCCCGAAGGGCCGGUCUGCACUGAAUUGGCAGAGAUGGUGCAGUUCCAGACCUUCUGCCAGUUCGCCCAGUAUCGCUGCCUCAAAGAGCAGUUCUACGUCAAGCGAGUCCCGUGUUUGCAUUGGUCCCUAACAAGCCCCUUCCCGACRGAGCAAUCCCCCACUGCGAACGCCUCAAUAGCGGAUGGAGUCUCCCCUGCCAUGGAAGGUCAGAAACGGCAGCUGGGGAGGCCCCCCACAGCCACGCCAAUGGUGCCCACGCCCUCGCAGAUGAGCAGCACUGUGCACCCAUCCACCCUCUGGACUGCCACCACCGCAGCACUUGCCACGGUGGAAUCCUCYGACGACCAAAGCCUGCGGAAAAGCAUCUGGCAGCUGAUCCAUUCGGCCCUCUCCUUGGAUGCAUCCCUGGACACCAAGUCCAGAGGCUCUCCUUGGAACUUCACCACGCCGGCCCCAGCACGCACACCGGAGCAGGAAAUGCCCCCCCGAGGCAGCCUUUUAGCCCUGCAGAAUGACGAGGCGGUGCUGGUCCUGUGCUAUGCAGUGCUGGAGGGAAAAUGUGUCUCAUCCAUGCUCGCCAUGGCCUGGAAGGAGAUGGAAAGAAGAGUCUUUGGGUUYGGAGACUCGGUGUGUGACAACCUUGGGCGGCACCACAUGGACCUGUGCCCCGACUGCGCUUUCUGCUCGCUGAAGAGGGAGCAGUGCCAGAACAUCGAGACCCUGAACCGCRUUCCCUGCGGCUCCAGCAGCUUCUCCGCCUACAUCAACCCUCACAUCUUAGCCCAGCACGGGGACACCAAGGACCAGUCCAAGUCUCCAAAGACCCAGGAGAACUACAACACGGACAAUUUUAGAGGGAUGAGGCUGGAGUACUGGUGCAGCCGRAUGGCCAUCCAUGGCUGUAAGGACCCUGCCGUGACCCUCUGGCUGGAGACAGAGUAUGAAAAAUUYAAACAUGGGGAUGGCUCGAAAAAGAUCUGUGACUCAAGYGGAGUUCAGCAUCCCAACUACUGCAUGUUCAAGAACUACCAGUGCCUCCUGAAGAGCAUCCACAACCAGAGGGUGACCCAGGUGAAAUGUGAGCAUCACGGGCACUACCGGGUGCUGAGUGCGACCGAGGGAGCCAAGGAGGUGCAGCUGUGGCACGACAGUUUCCUCAGACUCUCCAAGCAGCAAUCAAAAAAUGAUUAAAGUUUGUAAAGACCUUC